AUGUUUCCCGCGCGACCGAUUGUCAAACUGGAUUCUCAUCCCGCAAUUGAACGCUUGAAAGGUAUGAAUGAGGAGCAAAAGCUUGAUUGUAUUCCAAGAAUUCGAACAAUUGGUUUACUCAGGCAAUCCGAAUGUAUCACGGCAUACGCCAUGGAAAUCUUCGUAGAUAUCUCUCAUGGUGUCAACAAUAUUCUCUCAAGAAUCAAAAAUUUGCAACAGCGCCUUCAGAAUAUUGAGCAGAUCGAACCUCAAGGAAUUAGUGCUUUAUCUGAGAUCAAUAAAAAGUAUUGGCAGGGAAAUUGCCCAGAUUAUUAUCCUAUUAUGGGAUACGGUGAUGAUGCUGCAAACAAAGAAUUUGAAUUCGAAGAACCUUCAUUAGUUUCCAAAGUCAUCAAGAGAGCAAAUCCUAUGCCUAACUUUGAAUGCUUUUCAGAUAUUACAGUCGGUUAUGAUCCAGAAGAUCCAGAAAGAGCUGUUGAUUUUGAUGAACUUUACUCAAAUCCAAACUUCGUCAAGAUUCAAUAUAAGCAUGAACUCAUCGAAAACAUCAAGGCAGAGCAGGAAAGAAAGAAGAAUGAAGCAAGAGAAAGAAGAGAGAGGGCAAAGGCUGAGAAAGCAGAAAUGAGAUCUCGUAAUGAGGGAGAAAAGGCAGAAAAUGCAGCUGGACAAGAUGACAUGAUCAGUGCUCUUGCAUCUCCACCACCACGCCCAGUGUUCUUAUGCUGUCCUGGUCCAAAAGGUACUGCAUCUCAUGGUGCAGUUCCAGCUUCUCUCAAAGCUGUCAAAGGUAUCUCAUACAGCGCAUCAUCUCCAACACGCAGCAUCAGGUUUGCUUCUCCAGGUGCCGCUCCUGCUGCAGCAGCACCACCACCACCGCCUCCACCGCCUCCUCCUCCACCACCAGGUGGCCUUCCUCCACCACCAAAGACUGAUGGUCCAGGUUCCAAGGCUCCAUCUCAGCCGAAUUCUGCAAUCAGUGGACAAUCAACGGCUGAUUUGCUCAAAGCAGGCGUCAAACUCAAGAAGGUUGAUGCUGGUCCAGCUACUGUUUCUCAUCUUGAUCUCAUUAAGCAAGGUGUUAAGCUCAAGAAGGUUGACAAUUCCAAACCGCUUCCACCUGUUCCAAAACAAAGUGUCGAGAACGUGGAUCCAACAGCUCUUUCAUUGCAAGAAAUUCUUGCACGCGCUGCUUCUAUCAGAGAUGCAGUUGCUGACUCGGAUGAAGACGAUGAUGUGGAUGAGAGUGAGUCUUCAUCAACCACAUGGUAA